CUUUGUCGGGUUAAGGGGGGGACUCAGCGCCAAUGGUAUUCGCCCUCUGCGAUAUACUAAGACUGAGUUAUCAGCCCAAAGGCCAUCAAACACCGUUUCAAUUUGAGAUGAGAGAUCUUUGUCAAUGGGUGUCAGCCGGCUGGAUAUUUUUUACAGAAGGCUUCUCCUCACCAAGCUUUUCAUCCAAGGUUGGGGAAAGCCUGAUGACUUGAAAAGAAUAUUUGAGUUCCGGAAAAUCAUCGGCAAUAGGGAGAAGUGUAAGGAACUGGUACCUAAGGACUAUCCAGUGUUUAUUGACAAGGUUGAAGAUCAGUCUGACUGCAGAAUCCACAAUGGGUAUUUCAUAUCUCCCCUUGAACACAUUGUCCCUGGCAUCUUGCCAACAGAGUCCGUCAAAGCCCGGUUCCAAUUUAUAGUUCCAAAGAAGUGGAAUAAGCACAAGCCAGUAUGUAUUCACUUGGCUGGGACUGGCGAUCAUUUCUUCUGGAGGCGGCGUACACUUAUGGCCCGACCCAUGAUAAAAGAGGCAGGAAUGGCAUCACUCCUUCUGGAAAACCCUUAUUAUGGCUACCGGAAACCAAAAGAACAAGUUCGUUCUAGUCUGAGGAAUGUGUCAGACCUCUUUGUGAUGGGAGGCGCACUGAUCCUAGAGUCUGCAGUGCUGCUACAUUGGCUAGAGAGGGAGGGCUACGGGCCCCUCUGCAUGACAGGAAUCUCGAUGGGAGGCCAUAUGGCAUCAUUAGCUGUAACCAACUGGCCAAAACCCAUACCUCUGAUUCCCUGUCUCUCUUGGACCACCGCUUCCAAUGUUUUUACCACAGGUGUUUUGAGCAAAGCUGUGAACUGGAGGGAACUGGAGAAGCAGUAUGCCAUGCACUCAGUGUACGAGCAAGAAAUUAUCAGACUGUUGGAGUACUGUGGGGUUGAUUCUUUCAAAAUGGGUCAGGAGUUUAUAAAAAACUCACUUGACAGUCUUUCUGGUUUUGAUCUCUCCACCGACCUCCUGAAUCUGCAUGGUCCUGAGAGAGACAACAUGAGGCUUUGUUCCUCUGCCCUGCACUCCCGUGCUGCAGGAGGAACUAAUGGACCGGACCUGUUGAUUGGACAAGAUCAUAAUCAUGGACUAGACCAGAUGAUCUCUUCUGUGAGCAGUGGCGGACCUCAUGUGAACAUGAUGCGCACUAACAUCAGCCAGGGUGGGCCGCAGCGCAAGUCCAUCCACACUGAGUCUCAGGACUUCAUGAAGGGUGUCAUGGACGAGUGCACACACAUCGCUAACUUCUCAGUGCCAGUGGAUCCAAGUCUAAUCAUUGUGGUACAGGCAAAGGAAGACGCUUAUAUUCCACGCACAGGUGUGCGCAGUCUACAAGAGAUCUGGCCAGGCUGUGAGGUGCGCUAUCUUAAUGGGGGCCACAUUAGUGCCUACCUCUUUAAACAGCGAGUUUUUCGGCAGGCCAUCUAUGAUGCCUACAACCGGUUUCUUCAAAAGUAUUGCAAAACUUAGCCAGAAACUCAUCCUCACAGCAAAAGGGUGCCAUUUUCUAAUAUGUAAAUAAUUUAAAAGUAUGCAGUAGAAUAUAAAGAUCUCAAAGAAAUUAUGAAACAUUACAAUAUAAUUGUGGUGCUAUGAAAACUAGAUCAAUGGGAAAAAAGAAUAUAUUUGUAUUGUAUGGAUAAAUAUCUUCAACACCUCAAAUGAUCCCAUGUGUCCUUCUCAAAAUCCUGCCUCAUCUAACAUACAUGUUGUUGCCUUCACCCAAUAUUCCAUGAAUGUAGACUGUCAAGAGGUAAUCUAAAGUUGCCUCAGACUAUCCUACAACAUUCAUCACAUAUUGCCUGACCACUCAAACAGAACUGUUUAACUGCUCUAUCAACCUCUAAAUAGAUUUAUUUAGACUGCAAUAACCAAAGUAAUUGGUGGUUACAUACAAACUAUCUAAUCAGAGUAUCAAAGCCAAUUACAAAUUUGAAGAAAAAAAAACUGCUUAACCCACGUUUGUUCGGGCUCUAGGCCAUCUAUUUGCCUUCUGGGCCAAUUCAGAAUGGUUUGAAUGUGCCCACAUUCCAGAAAUCAUUGGAGAAGGAGUCCACAUCCAGAUUAAUUGUGGUGUUUGAUAGAAGCAAUGGAUUUGAGUAACCAGGCAACCUCAUAUACACAAAAGUGAAUAUUUUUGUCAAUAUUUGCGUAUAUUUUGUCAUGUGACAACAGUGAAGAUAUGACACUUAACUAUAAUGUAAAGUAAUGAGUGUACAGCUUAUAAGUGUACAUUUGCUGUCCCCUCAAAAUAA